AUGGACAAGAGUUGGAUGAAAAUCACUGAUAGAUUUCGAUCCAGUGAAUAUGCGACAGGCGUUAAAGAUUUCAUUACUUUGGCUCGAUCUCAUUCUACAAGUGAUGAAAUUCGGUGUCCAUGUACCCUUUGUUCAAAUAAUUAUUUCAUACCUAUAAAUCAGGUAGAGAGACAUCUGUUCAUUAAAGGUAUUGAACCAACUUAUACGACAUGGAUAUUUCACGGCGAGGAGGAAGAUUUACCUUUUAUUGAUGAUGAUGACCUUCAUGAUCCUGAACAAGCUGAUCCUUACAUUGAUGACAUUGAUGUUAUGUUACAAGACAUUCGGGUAGGGAAUUUCCCUAAUGUUCCUUCACUCGAGUCAUUCUAUGCUGGGGGUUCAACCUCAGUCGGAAGUGAAUCAACCAUGAAUUUUGACCAAUUGUUGGUUGAUUCACAGCGUCCUCUUUAUGAAGGUUGUUCCAAGUAUUCUAAACUUUCAUUUUUAGUUAAGUUGCUACACAUUAAAACACUUGGUGGCUGGAGUAUAAAGUCAUUUGACAUGCUUCUUCAAAUACUACAGUCAGCUUUUCCGAAUGCUCUUUUACCGAAAUCAUAUCAAGAGGCACAGAACUUAGAGCGAGGCCUGAGAUUUUCUUACACAAAAAUACAUGCUUGUCCAAAUGAUUGCAUACUUUAUUGGAGGGAAAAUGCAAAGAAACAAGAGUGCCCUAAAUCAGCUAAUAUGAGGUGGCAUAGGGAUCAGCGUGUCAAUGAGGAAGGUAUUCAAAGGCAUCCUGCUGACUCUGAGGUCUGGAAGGCAUUUGAUCAACAACAUACUUGGUUUGCGGAAGAUCCUCGAAAUUUACGGCUUGGUUUAGCCAGUGACGGCUUCAACCCUUUCAAUAAUUUGGCAAAACCUUACAGCAUAUGGCCAGUGAUUUUGGUGCCUUACAACUUGCCCCCGUGGCUAUGCAUGAAAGAUCCAUUUUUCAUCACCUCAUUGUUGAUUCCAGGACCAAGAUCUCCAGGAAAUGAUAUCGAUGUUUAUUUGCAGCCUCUAAUAGACGAACUAUUAGAUCUAUGGGAAAAUGGUGUCGAUACAUACGAUGCCAAGGCCAAAGAGACUUUUCGAUUGCAUGCAGCUUUAAUGUGGACAAUUAACGACUUUCCUGCUUACAGAAAUCUCUCUGGGUGGAGCACUAAGGGGAAGAUAGCAUGUCCAUCGUAUAUUGAUUUUGGAAAAUCUACAAAGAAGAGAAAGCGUACCACUGAUGAGUUAAAUUGGACCAAAAGAAGUAUCUUUUUCCAAUUGCCGUAUUGGUCAACUCUAAAGCUUAGACAUAACCUUGAUGUAAUGCACAUUGAGAAGAACAUAUGUGACAACAUCUUAGGAACUUUGAUGAAUAUUGCUGGGAAAACUAAAGAUCAUGUCAAUGCACGUCGUGACCUUUCCAAUCUCAAUAUAAAAAAAGAAUUACACUUGAUCCAGGAUGGACAACACGUGAGUAUGCCACAUGCAUGUUACACCUUGUAUGGAGCUGAGAGGGCAGGUUUUUGUAAAUGGUUGAAUGAUGUCAAGUUUCCAGAUGGCUUCGCUUCUAAUAUUGCGAGAUGUGUGAGUGUUGUCGAUUGCAAAAUCUCUGGCAUGAAAAGUCAUGAUUGUCAUAUUUUUAUGCAAAGAUUAUUACCUGUUGCAAUUUGUGGAUACUUACGACAAGAUAUACGAUUAGCAUUGACUGAGUUGAGCACAUAUUUCAAAGAGCUUUGUGCAAGAACUAUCAAGGUUGAUGUGUUAGAACGGCUUCAGUCUGAUAUAGCCGUCAUUUUGUGCAAGCUAGAGAUGAUAUUUCCACCUACAUUCUUUGAUGUAAUCGUCCACCUAGCCUAUCAUUUGCCACAUGAGGCGCUGCUUGCAGGGCCAGUUUAA